AUGGUUACGAGGAUCCCCCCGUCAGGCCUGUCAGAGCUGCUGCUGACCAUCCUCCAGCGGAGCGGCUGGCAGGAGGGCAUGGCUGUGCUGUGCCAGGGCUGGGAGGAGGCUGGCCUGCUGGAACUACUGGAUCUCCAGAGCCGCCUUGGCUGGGGGGCCACCCGCUGGCACCUCCGAGCCCUCCUCAACCUCACCCGGGCCGGACCCACAGAAUCUGAAAUCCAGGACUUCCUUUCGGAACACUUCCGGGGGCAAGGCCCAAGUCAGAUCCCGCCGCCGGCCGCGGUGCUGCUGUUCGGGGCCGACCCGGAGUGUGCAGCGGCGGUGCUACGGAGCGCCCAGGACUUGGGGCUGACGCUGCCCACAGUGCACUGGGUGCUGGGCUACCCGCUGAGCCCCGACGCCCUGCACUCAAUCGGCCUGCCCCUGGGGCUGCUAGCCUACGGUGAGGUGGAGCGCAAGCCGCUGGACUUCUACAUCCGCGACGCGCUGCAGCUGGUGGGCCGGGCGGUGGCAGCGGCCACAGUGGUGCGUCCUGACCUGGCGCUCAUCCAGAACAUGGUCAACUGCUACGACAAGCCCAACAAGCAUGAGGUGCCCUCGUCUGGACAGUACCUCGCCAGGUAAAGCUGGUUUACUUUUAAACUUUUAACUCACAAAGUCUCUGGAGGUUUGAAGGAUUAUAUUGCACACAUACACACAUACUCACAUUAAGAUUGAGAUCACUUUAUUGGUCAAUUGCACAUAACGUCCAACUGAAAUCUGACUUCCACUUUUAACCCAACCCCCCGAAAGACACACAUACAUACACAGGAUUUGGAGAGCUGCGGGAGGCUGCCAUACUGGGUGCCCAGAGAGCUGUUGUUGUGGGGGGUUAAGUGCCUUGCUCAAGGGCACAGCGGCAGCCAACGGCAUCUAUGAUUUAAUACCAGCAACCCUCCGGUUGCCAGCUCUCUUCCCAACAGAUUUUUCCUGUCGGACCCGGGAUUCGAACCGGUUGCUGACUCGCUUCUCUAACCGCUAGGCUACCUGCCGCAUGCAUACAUACCUGCCACAUACAUACUGUACAUACAUACAUACAUGUUUCUUAUACUUAAAUACUGUGUAUACAUCAGUGGUGGUCAGUGCCGUUUAAGAUGAGGGAGGACAACAUUUUUUUUUCAUGAGCAUGGCCUUAUUUCUAUUAUAGCAUAUUGGAUGACUGUCAUUCAUAUUCCAUUCACCCAGUUCAAUGUAACAUUGAUAGGUUUAAGCUACUACAUGAUACUCCAAUUUUCCCUAUACCCAUCAUGAGGUUGCUACAACCUAGCCUAUAAAUGUUUUUCAACAGAAUCGGCAGAAUGAAUACACCCCUGGUCAUGGGUAAACAGUUCACAUUCAUAGCAGCCACGUUGUAUUCCUUCUCGCAUCUAUGCGCUCUCCUCUCACCUUUUUUGUGGACUUCAAUGCACAACACAUCAGCUGUAUGUGACCAGGCGAAAAAACCUUUCCAAGCCAAACCGUAUCAUAACUACUACACACAGCCUACAUCGUUGUCACCAUAUUAAAUAACGUCAUAGUCAACAUAGCUAAUAGAACUACAGUAACGUGUUAGUAAACCCGCUACAAUCAUGCAGUAACUUUACAGUGUAUAAUCAGUUAGCAGUUUAGCAGUUACACCGGCGGGCCCCGGUGGCAAUAAAUCAGUAGAACCAAAAGCUUACAUUGACUUGGAAGAGUUCCAGUGUUGUGUUGGAUAGUCAUAGCCAGCUAGCUAACAUAGCAUCCCUCUGUUUGAGCAGGGUUUUUGAGUAGGCUAAACUAGCUAGCUGCAUUUGCUAGCUAAGUAAGUUCAACUGAAAGUAAAAAAAAUAAAAUAAGACAAUCUCUCUCUUGCUUCUCCUUCAUUUUUGAUGAAAUUAAUUUGUUCAAAACUAUUCAAUUUUCUUUCUCUCUCUUUAAGUUAACUACUCACCACAUUUUAUGCACUGCAGUGCUAGCUAGCUGUAGCUUAUGCUUUCAGUACUAGAUGCAUUCUCUGAUCCUUUGAUUGGGUGUACAACAUGUCAGUUCAUGCUGCAAGAGCUCUGAUAGGUUGGAGGAUGUCCUCCGGAAGAUGUCAUAAUUACUGUGUAAGUCUAUGGAAGGGGUUGAGAACCAUGAGCCUCCUAGGUUUUGUAUUGAAGUCAAUGUACCCAGAGGAAGACGGAAGCUAGCUGUCCUCCGGCUACACCAUGGUGCUACCCUACAGAGUGCUGUUGAGGCUACUGUAGACCUUCAUUGCAAAACGGUGUGCUUGAAUAAAUUAUUUGGUGACGUGACUAUAUUUAGUAUAGUUUUAUCUAAAAAGAAUAACUUUUUAAAUGUUUUGACAUUUUAAUUUUUAUGAAAUUCCUCCUCUUCCUCCCCUGGUAUACAUACAUACUCUUACAUCUCCUCCUUUCAGCCAAGUUGUGUCUGAAUAGUGUUUUCGGGGAGAUAUUAUUAUAAUAGACUUGUUUAGUAAGCGCUAUAGACAGUUGAAUAGUGGUUCUUUCCCAGUGUUUGCAUGAGUCUGCAAAUAGGCCUAUCUCUUGCGGAGGUCAGACUGCUCGUCACCCCUAACCACAGAGCAGCUCUUCCAAACACAGUGAUAGAUGCAGCCUCCUGUGUUUGGAGAGAGGCUGGAGUGUGUUUGUACACACACAUACAUACACACACACACACAUACAGACAGAUACUCACACACGCGUAUACACACACACUCUCUCUCUUCCUCUCUCUCACACACACACACACGCGUGUGCGCACCCAGCUGGAAUACAAACAUGAAGUGGAGGAGGGUAGAGCUUUAAGCUUUAUUCAUGAGUUCCAGUCAGUUGCCUCCACAACAGAGGAGCCAGCCAGACAGGCAUGCUUCCUUAUCAAAAGAGCCCACAGCCCUUUCUGCCUCUCAGUGGCUCAGAGCAGAGCGACAGCAGCACACAGCUUUACACCCGCUCUAUCUGCCACGGACCAGAGUAACAACCGCCGCGCAACCUAGCAAUGCAGCCAGCGUCUCAGCACAAAAACACAAUAGGAUGAGCUACAAUUGGGCCCAAUUGUACCCCGACUCAGCUAAAGCAUGUUGGAAAAAAUAAUAUAGCGGAAAUGAUGCAAGACAAUAACUGGUGGGGGCUGGACUGCUAGAGCACUGGUGAAUUGCAUUUAUUCAUUGGCGAAAAAAGGCAAGUCAUUUCCCCGUGGUGAGCACUAACCAGUAGGCUUCAGGAGUAGAGUUUGUUGCCUGGGGCUUCAACUCAGAGGCGAAUGAUUACAACAUUACGGCGUCUCCGCGUAUGAGAAACAUUUUGGAAAUCACCCCAUUAUAACAAUGUUCAGUUCUACCAAGUCAUUUAAGAGGGCCAUCAAACGAAUGGGAUUGCACCGGGUGCCUAGUAAAGAUCGACGAUGUCGAGCUAAAGACGGCGUUUUGCUCAAGAACAACUCCAUGAUGAAGUGUCAUAAUCACAAUGGCCCCUAGCUACAUAACAGAUACAUAAUAGAACAGCUAUUAGAGAGAGAAUUGGGCUUCGGGGAGGAAGGAAUGGAAUUUGAGAGAAAUACAUGAGGGAUGAUAGUAAGUAAAGAGAGGAGCGGUAGAGAGAAACCCAAAGGUACAGGUUGGGGGGGAUGUGUGGGGGGCUUUUAAGUAAUUACAACCUGUACCUACUGGUAAAGAGAAACGCAUAGCCUUUCAAUGUAACGAUGUAAUGGCAUUCAGCUCCUUUUCCCUCUUGUGGAGCUGAGGAGAAGGAGGGGAGGUGGGGAACUAUAUAGGCUGGGAUAGGGAGAAAUUAAUUACCUAAAGGUUUGGGGCCAAAUUACCUUUUUCUGAUUCCUCCAUCUUUUAGAUGAAAGGAGUUCAGCGGCGAUCGCGCGGCGUCACCUCAAUUAUUAAUGGCUGCACACAUUCCUCAUGACUCAACAUGACGGUCACAGCUGCCCUGAAUUUCCUGAUGUGACCCCUUCGCUAGGCUAAGCUAACUAAUUGGAGGGCUAACCACUAUGGGCUAAUGAUUCGCUAAACAUGGAUCCGAGGCAGACAUUUAUGAACGGGGGCAGGUUUUUACAUGGAAAUACCUACUGGGCACAAACCGGUUGACUCAACAUUGUUUCAACGUAAUUUGUCAGCGUAUUGUGAUGUGGAAUCUACGUGGAUUUGAAAAAAGUAAUCAACUGUUGUUUUGAGUGUGAAAUUUCAACCACAUGAUUGUCAUCAUUGUAACCAAUUUUCAACUUAGACAAACCAUGUAUAAAAUAUGUUGAAUUUGUACCUUUCGAACAAUGUCAUAUCUUCAACAUUAUACCCACUAUAAAAAAAUUUAAUAAAUAUGUUUUGCAGCACCACCUAUUGGAGAGUUGAUCUACAACUAUUCCUUUGGUCUCCCAUCCAGGGUUUUAACCAAGCCCAGCUUUUAUAUUUGUCACUGACUACUACCAAUGUGGUACAUUGAGAAUGAUUGUUGAGAGACCUCUUAAUAACUAAAUAUGUUCACUGUUGCUAUCGAAGUCAUUCCAAAAGGUAGGUUUAACAGAGCAGAAGACACAUCUAUCCAAGCAGAAGACACAUAUCCUUCAAAUUUUGAUAUUUGGGUGCGUUGAAAUGGAGACAUGAAUCCAACAUAUCAAUGAUUAAUUUGUAGACAAACUGGAAUUUGUUGUCAAUCAAACACAAUAAAAUAAUAUUUUUCUAAUACAGUAAAUAGCCUAAAGCUAAGGCUAUCUUACAAACGAAUGUAACAGUAUUUAUUCAACCUUAAAACACAUCCAUGGCUACAUUUUGAGGUUAGCCUACUGUAACUAUAAAUGUCUUCUUAUGUAAUCAUAGAAAGCGUGCAUGUUCAAUAUAACAUGCAAACGUUGCAGGUCUGUGGAGAUCUUCACAAUUGCUAUAAUGAUCUGUGCAGAAUCUCAAACAGCAUUGAUCACUUGCACUAUGUACUUUUAAUGUAAUCUCAACUGCAAUCUGGGUCAUUUGGUUGUGCUAUUAGAUGAAGCACAGUGAUAACACAUUAAGUUGUUGUAUAAAUACAAAAUAUCAGACAUUGUAUUCCCAUUUAAACUUUGUUGUGCUUUUAAAUGGUUGAAAGCGCAGAUAACACAUUUAGAUGACAACUAAACCAAAAAUCAGACAUUGUUCUUCCAUUGGAAUUUGGUUUUGCUUUUAGAUGGUAGAAAGCAUAGUGAUAACACAUUGGGAAUUCAACAAACUUCUGGCUGUCUUUUUGAGUGGGUGAAUAAAGCUUGACAUCUCACUGAUCAAUGUCUCAACCAAAUAUUACCAACAUUUGAAAUGUUGAAAUGACGUGGUGUGCCCAGUGAGACAAAGUAGAGCCGGGAGUUUACAGUCUGUGAGGAGGCCCAAAGUGUGUCAGUCAGAAAGAUAGCUAAUCCUAGCCACGGGAAAACAACUAGCUGUCAGUCAGGGCUGUGAUGAUACACUGUUGGCCUUGCUGCAGGAGCAGGGUGGAUUAGUUUGGCUUCAAUAGAUGCUAAUCCUGGUUUUGACAUGUUGUACUACAGUACCGGUUCCUGUCUAGACUGUGCUGCAGGUCAGAUGUGUCACUGUCUGCGAUGCAGUUCACUGUCCAUCCAUUUUCUACAGUAAGUUUGAAACUGUACAGUCUGACUCACUCCCCCUCUGGCAAGAAGUUUGUGGAGUCCAUACAUGCCCCUCCCCCCACCACACCAUAAGAAAUAAUCUGUGGGAAACACUGGUGAUUUAUUAUGCACUGGCUUCGGACUCUCACAAAUGCAUGCAAUAAAAAGCCUGAAGGAUAAUGAAGUCCUGUAAUCUAAUGUGAUCUCCUCUGGCCCAUAGAUUCCUGUCUAACACAUCGUUCUCAGGGCUGACGGGGCCGGUGUCGGUGCAGAGGAACCUGUCCCGGGUUCUCACCUCUCAGCGCUUCCACAUCUGGAGCCUGCGGCGGGAUGCGGUGGGCCAGCCCACCUGGGUGACGGUGGGCAGCUGGGAGGGGGGCCGCCUGAAGGUGGAGGACCAGGGCCUCUGGCAGGGGCCCAAUGGCAAGGGCCAUGGCCUGGGGGAGGGGGGCGGGGGCCGGUGGCAGGCAGGCAUGCCUGUGGCAGACAGCCGGGUGCGGGUAGUUACCCUGGUGGAGCACCCCUUUGUAUUCACGCGGGAAGUGGAUGAGGACGGGAACUGCCCGGCCGGACAGUACUGCCUGGAUGCAGGGACGAACAGCUCGGACAUGCUGGAGCGCUACUUCAGCGAGCGCGCCUCGGGAAACUCUACCUUCCUGCCCACGGACCACAGCAAGUGUUGCUAUGGAUACUGCAUUGACCUGCUGGAGAAACUGGCCGAGGACUUGCGCUUCGAGUACGACCUGUACAUCGUGGGUGACGGGAAGUAUGGCGCGUCGAAGAGCGGCCGCUGGACAGGGCUGGUGGGCGACCUGCUCAAUGGCGUGGCCGACAUGGCCGUCACCUCAUUCAGCAUUAACUCAGUGCGUAGCCGUGUCAUCGACUUCACCUCACCCUUCUUCUCCACCUCGCUGGGCAUCCUGGUGCGCAGCAAGGACACAGCGGCGCCCAUCGGCGCCUUCAUGUGGCCCCUUCACUGGUCCAUGUGGGUGGGCAUCUUUGUGGCACUGCACAUCACCGCCCUCUUCCUCACCCUCUAUGAGUGGAAAAGCCCUUUUGGCAUGACGCCACACGGACGCAACCGCCUGCGCGUCUUCUCCUACUCGUCGGCACUCAACCUGUGCUACGCCAUCCUGUUCGGCCGCACGGUCUCCAGCAAGACUCCCAAGUGCUGGACGGGUCGGUUUCUGAUGAACCUGUGGGCCAUCUUCUGCCUGCUGGUGCUGUCCAGCUAUACAGCCAACCUGGCCGCCGUCAUGGUCGGCGAGAAGACCUUCGAGGAGCUCUCGGGGAUCCACGACGCCAAGGUGAGACCCACACUAAAUGGUUAUUUUAAUGUUGUCUGUAUUUAUUUGUUUUGAUUAUUAACUCUUUCCUCUCCCUUCCUCCCUAGCUCCACCACCCGUCCCAUGGUUUCAGGUUUGGGACGGUGAGAGAGAGCAGUGCAGAGGAGUACAUGAAGAAGAGUUUCCCAGAGAUGCACGAGUACAUGAGGCGCUACAAUGAGCCCACCACACCUGAUGGAGUGUCCACCCUCAAGUAAGAGAUCACAACAUAUACAACCCUUCUCCUGGAGAGCUACAGGCCUACACUCACAUACCCGAUUCAGCUAAUCAAGGUCCUAAUGAGCAGCUGCUUCUGAAGUAGGUUUCCAAGAGUAGGAUUGUCCAUGGCACCCCUGCUCUAUAGCCGUAGAAAUGCUAUUUAAAUGCACGUUAACCUAAGUUUGAUCGUAUUCAUGUGAGUGUUUAUAAGUGUUGUUGAAGUUAUUUGUCCAGAGGUGGAUAAAGUAGAACACUUUCUGUUCUGUCAAGAAAGAGUUUUUAAUUAUUUCUGUCUUCUUCUCACCUUCCUACGGGAGAAGUGUUUGUUGUGGUUCUCAGGCAAAGGUCUGUCAUCCAGGCAGACAGAAGAGAAAGGCAAAGGAGAGCAGAGCCCAGUGGUAUUGCUUCAAAACAAGAUGACAUGUGAAAGGGAGCACACAUAAACAAAAUGGCUCUCUACACAGGGUUGCAAAGUUGAACUUGAGAUGGAUGAAAGAGGGUUAUAGUUCAAUUCAGACGAGGCGAGAGAAGACUGCUGGCAUUUGAGCUUUUGUGUGUUACUGUAUGGAAUGUGGAUCCUCCUAUCUUUGCUUUGUUAGAUCUUUUGACUAUGUUAGCCAGUAGCCACAUACAGAUAUUUGUUUGUAUUGUGUUGCAAAUACUUACUUAAGGGUCCAUCCAUUUGAAUUCAACGACUUUUUGACAGCACCUCUUUUUAUUUCAACGAAACCUUCCAUAAGUAUUUGCCCAUUGUAGAAGUGCUCAGAAAGUUACUUUUUGGACCUGAAUGCCAAAAACAUUGAAGAGAUAAAGGUGCUCAAAGUUGACCUAUUUUGCAUACCCCACCAUACCAUGAGACAUCCAUGUCUUCAUCACUGGAAAAGAUAAACAGUUGAGAUUUAUAAAAAUUAAAGCUUACAAACAAGGUUGUCGAAAAAUUUGUAAUUUCUUGAAAAAAAAGCUUUUUAAUAAAAUUUGUCAUAUUUUUACCUUAAACGUCAAUUAUCUUCGGGGGGGUUUUCAUAUUCGCAUAUGUAGUAGCUUAGACCAUAUUAUACUUCAUCUGAGGUUUUUGUGUUGUGCCCGCUAUCGGCUGAGAUACAACAUGCUCUUGAAUACAGGGUGGGUGUCAUGUUUUGGCUGAUAAAUUAACUAAAAUGGGAAUAAAAUAGAAAUGUAAACUUUGAAAUUGUACCACAAAGAUGUUUUGAGGUCCACACAUCAGAUAAUAUUUACUUGAAUGGGAAUAUCUGUUGGUUUAAAUGAUACUGUCAAUUAUCCAUAAGAAACCUAUUGAAAUCGUAGAAAUAUAAUAUAUAAUAUACAUGACAAUUUAAGUUGACAUUCGACGGUGGGUGGACCAGUGGCCAUCUUUAUGAUAGUAAUUAAAAGUUACAAUUUCAAUUUGAAUUACAUUUCAAUGGAGCACCAGCUAAAUUGCAGUGUUCUGAAGGAAUAGGUCCAUUCUACAAAUUAUAUUUCUAUGAUUGAAAUUACAUCCACCCUGUAUUUAAAAGCAUGUUGUGUCUCAACCGAUAGUGGGCUCAACACAAACACCUCAGAUGAUGUAAAAAUAGGUUCUAAGCUACAACAUAUGCGAAUAUGAAGGGAAAAAACGGAGUUUGCGUGUUUUUAGAUCAUUGACAUUAAAGGUUAAAAAUGUCAUAGUUUUUCAUUAAAAAACAUUUAUUUUACAAAAUUAUAAAACUGUUUGACAACCCUGUUUGUAAACUUUUAAAUGAUAUCAAAGUCAACUAUUUAUCUUUUCCAGUGAUGAAGACAUGGAUGUCUCAUGGUAUGGUGGGGUAUGGAAAAUGGGACAACUUUGAGCACCUUUAUCUCCUGAAUGUUUUGGCAUUCAGGUCCAAAAAGUCACUUUCUGACCACUUCUUCCAUGGGCAAACAUAUAUGUAAAGUUUUGUUUAAAUCAAAAGGGAUGCUGUCAAAAAGUGAUUGAAUUGAAAUGGAUUUACCCUUAAUUACACUUGUGGGAGUUGGCCUAUAUGGGUAGGGCUAAAUUGAAAUGUUUCUUACAGAAGAAAAUACGGAACGCAUAUGCAUAACCAUUGUAGAAAUUAAAAGGGAACAGUUUGGAGAUUAUGGGACAAAUUAUUAGACUAAAGGUGAGGACACAACAGUCCAAACAUUACACUGUUGAUUUUAUGUGCAUUUUACAUUUACUUUACUUUUUGCCGCAUUUGUUUUUGAAAAUACUCUAGAUACAUUCAUUAACAUGAUACGAAUAUUCUUGGAACAUUUGGGGUAGGUGCAACAUAAGACAAGAAAAUAACAAGUGUUUGAGUGAGAGGCCUAACUGGUGUCUCCAAGUGGCCACACACCUCUCCAAAGUGUGCACAGUUCCUAAGUCAUUUCAAUGCACUUUUAUGACUCAAAGAAGAGUCUUCAACUAUAAGGUGCUUUUCUGAGCUCUCCUAGCUGUGCUGUUGAUGAACUAGAGCAAUCACACACUUGUAGUUGUUUUCUUUGGAACACAACCCUGCAUCCUCGCCUUUACACAAUUACUGUUGUUGUUUACACAAUUCAAAAAUGGUGCAUUAUAAAUCGCAAUCUGGGUCAGGUGAGCAUUAUUUGAUAGCGUGAUCUAUUGCCAACAUGACAAGCUAAAUGAUCAAAUACGAUAUUACAGUGUUAGGCUUUUACUAGGCAAUUCAGAGAAGCAGAUCGUAAUAGAAUGGAGUCAUGAGUGCAUUCAGAUGCGUGGUCCGCGGCAACUUUUCUUUACAAUAAAAUUAACAUAGGGUAAUUCUGUUCAGGACAGUCCAGGGUGUAACGCCAUGUCAUCUUGUAACUGUACAUCAAACAUAGUGUUCAUAAACGUUGACACUGUAUACAUACGUUUUAUGAUAUGGAAAUGUGAAGUGCAUAUUUGGACUCACGGGUGUUUGGCUUGCUUGUAUGACAUAAAAGCGGUAUUUAUUAUAAUCAACAAUGUCGCAUCUUUCAAAAUACAUUGAGUCCUCGUAAUUUACAGUAUUACAUUUGCAAAAGUAGCCCAAUUAGCGGGAGGAAUGGUGGCAACCUCUUGUCACGCGCAGUGCUCAAGUUCAGAACGGCUGUCAGUCAAAACCCAUACAGCGCUGUGAAGCUGAGAACCUGAGCUCUGACAUCAUGUAUAGCAUGUUACUGUACAGCCACUGCAUUCCAAUGUAGGCGCUUAUCAGUGUCCAAAUGUGCCAUUUUCAACCGGAUACAGGUACAAGUGUAAAGGGCUACUCCUAUUCGUCCCUGGAGGAACAUAGGGCCUGUACUAAAGUUUUCCAUUGUUGCUGUAUUCUUUGCCUCAGGCCAUGACAAGCGGAUCUUCUUGAGUUCUGCUUCUAGACACCUGCGCUUGUUGGACGUCCUCUUCUUCACUUGCCUUGAGGAUUCCAAUCCUGGGCAUGUUUUGCAAUGUUCUCCGGGCCUCUCUGGACCGUGUGACCAACCCGUCUCCACUUCCGCUCCUGGAUGGUGCUCGAAACGGGCUUCUGGUUGCUUUUCUUCCACAGGUCUAUAUUAGAGAUCCGCUCAAGCAACCAUAUGAGUGAGCAGGAUUUGUCUGAGGCAGGAGUUUACAAAGACCUGUAGCUUGUGUUCCAGGCUCUUAAUCAGUUGCAAAAUAACUCAAUACAACUCUUCUAAGUGGAUGGUUUGAUUAAACAACCAAAGUGCCAGAAAAUUGCCAGUAAUAUUCACUGUUGAUUUCUUACCCAAGAGGUCAUCCACCCCUUACAAUUGAAGUCAGAGGAUUCGAGAGCUGACACACAUGAUAAUAUGCAGUUUUGACAUCUUGAGCCUCCAUUACGAUAGUUCCCAUGACCCAUAAUCCUCUCUGGUACAGCUAAUGUGCCUAGUCAGGGGUCACGCCAUAAAAUAAGUUGAGUGCCUGAUUUGGGUGUUCUCCCAUUUUGCCAUUGCCUCAAUCAGUGUACUCUGCAUUCAUUCCAGUCUUGUUUGGUCGGACAAGCGAUGAAUGGCUUUGCUUUACCAUUCUCCUUCUGCCCAAUUUCUCUAGCGGACUGAUUCUGAGUCCCCCAUUUACACUGAGACAUUAAGUAUAAUCAUGAUGGUGACGAGGGUCAUGUGCUAAAUCUGGAAUGAGGGAGGAAAUGUCCCCAAGGCCGGAUGAGGGACAGAGACGAGUGUUUGUGGCGAUUGGUAAAAGGUUUGUUAGGGACAUAGCCUGUUUGGUGUGUGGUGCGUAGGAUUGGGACAUGAUCUAUUUCAAACUUGGCCUGUUUGGUUUGUGGCUAUUGGGACGUGUUCUGUUUGGUGUGUUGUGAUUGGGACUUGGCCUGUUUGGUGUGUGGCGAAUGGGACGUGGUCUAUUUGGUGUGUAGGCCUAGCGUUUGGGACAUGACUUUUGUCAUACGUUUUGUGGUGCGUUCCAUUGUCCCCUGUUCUCUGUCUAUAACCCCUUCUCCCUGUGUGUUGAAGGGUAGAUCCCCCUCAGCUUGAUGCCUUCAUCAUGGACAAGGCCCUGCUGGACUACGAGGUGUCCAUCGACGCAGACUGCAAGCUGCUCACCGUGGGCAAACCCUUCGCCAUCGAAGGUAAGAAACCGCUGUGCACCCCAACACUGUAUUGUUUUGAUAGCUCUCGAACUUAGCGGCUGUAGUGCCCUUAUCUUCUGUUGUGUGUGUGUGUAUGCGUCUGUCUGUCUGCCUGCCUGUGCAUGUUUAUGUGUAUGUGUGUUACAGUGUAUGUGUUACAGUGUACAUCUCUUUUUACGUGUGUGUGCGAGUGUGUGUUUGCUUGAGUGCCCUGGUGUAGGUGGGCAUGCACUUGCUUGCCUGUGUGUUUGGAUUCCCCGUCCUCUCCCUGUUUUUACGUUCGUCCACAUCUCAAAUUAACAUUAUUUUGAUUUGAAUAUGUAAUUAUUCAAAUAUAUUUGCUGCUAUUUUAUCUGAAUCAACAUCACACCCCUGUCUCUGAGAGCUGGUGCAGGAUUAUGAGAAAUAAGUGGAAAUAGACUCCCACGCCUUUCUGUUUUUGUCUUUCUGCAUUGGUGCUCCCACAUUGUCAACGCAUUAAGGUUAUCUUUUCACUGUCAAUAUUUUUUAUAGCAGUUAGUAGUGGGUUCUGGAGACCCACAAGGUGUGCAGGCUUUUAUUCCAACCCUGCAUGAAACGGAAGGAAACAGCAUGAAACAGCAUGAAAUGGAGACAUACUAGUAUCUGAACUAGUAAGAAACAAGUUUUCUGUUGAACAAAACGUAAUUUGUGUGCCUUAAUAACACAACCCUAAUUCAGUUGACCAAGGUCUUGAUGAGUACUUGGUUAUCUGUAUCAGAUGUAUUUGUGCAGGGAUAGGACAAAAGCCAGCACGCCCUGUGGGUCUCAACUUCAACCAGGAUUGA